UUUCCGUGAAGGAGGAAAAUGGCUCAGGCACCGCUUAGCAUACCGGCAUUAUAUGCCGAAUUGAAGAGAUUUGGACAGAAUCAGGAAUUCGAAAGAGCACUGAAGAUCGCAAACAAAAUUUUACAGGAAGAUGCUGGGGAGAGUGCCGCCUUCAACUGUAAAGUUGUAUGUCUCGGAAAACUGGACAAAUUUGAUGAGGCUUUGACUGCACUUCACAAAGCCAAGGGACAUGCAAGCGAUCUGAAGUUUGAGAAAGCGUACUGUGAGUACCGUCUGAACCGUACAAUGGAGGCUCUGGCAACUCUGAGGAGCGUGGAGAAACCUGACAACAGGACCAAUGAAUUACUGGCACAAGUGCUUUACAGAUUAGAGAACUACGAGGAGUGCUACCAACUCUACAGGAACCUUAUUCAGAACUCUGAGGACGAAUAUGACGAGGAAAGGGAGACAAAUCUGUCAGCAGUACUUGCCUCUCGCCAGUUGUGGGAUGAAGUAGAUAUGGACGACCCAGGACUUCAGGAGGAGUCGUACGAGAUGUGUUACAAUAUGGCCUGUUAUCUCAUUGGUCGCAAGGAUUUCCAGGGAGCAGAGAAAAAACUGAGGAAGGGGGAAGUGUUCUGCAGAAAAAUGUUUGAGGAUGAUGCAGAAGUCACUGAGGACGAAAUUCAGGAUGAACUGGCAAUUAUAAGGGUACAGUUGGCGUUUGUCCUACAGAAACUAGGGCGACCAGAGGAAGCUCUCGCCAUCUACAACCAGGUGAUGAAACACAAACCAUCUGAUGCAGGACUUUCAGCUGUUGCUUCUAACAACAUUGUCACUCUCAAUAAGGAUCAAAAUGUGUUUGACUCCAAAAAGAAAAUGAAAUCAGCCACAUCUGAUAACCUGAAACAUAAGCUGACCGGUAAACAGAGGCAGAGCAUCAAUAUCAACCAGUGUCUGCUUCAUCUACAUACAAACCAGACUGACCAGUGCCACAGUCUGGCGGCCAAGCUGAAGACUCAGUUCCCUGACCUUUCGACCCCUGUGCUGGUGGACGCUGCCCAGUAUGUCAAAGACAAGGACUAUAAACGGGCUAUCCAGCUCAUGCAGGACUACACGAAGUUGCACCCUGAGCAGGCUGUGAAGAUACAGCUAGCUUCGGCUCAGAUCCAUCUGGUCCACGGGGAAGUGUAUCAGGCUUGUGAUGCCCUCAAGUCCCUCGGCGACCUCCAGUACAGACCAGGGGUGGUUUCGGCGCUUGUUACGCUUUACUUGAGUCAGGAGGAUAGUGACUCGGCCUCAGACGUCCUUGACCGCACUGUGAAAUGGUACCAGAAAAACCAGGCUAACACUCCUGAUCAUUUGCUGAUAACAAGGGCCAAUGCAAAUUUCCAGUUAAAGAAUGGCAAUCCUAAACAGGCUGCUGCGAUGUUAGAGGAUCUGAGGAGGUCCAUGCCGAAUGAUCCACAAACACUCGCUCAACUCAUCUCUGCGUAUUCCCAGUUUGACCCGGAGAAGGCACAACUUAUAAGCCGUGACCUACCAUCGGUAAAGACUCUGGCCCAGAAUGUCGAUGUGGACGCUGUGGAGGCAGCCUUCAGCACACUAGGACCCAAGUACAUGAAAAGGGCACAGAAGACUGACACGCAGCCAUCCCCUGGACCGGCAGGUGACAUGAUCAUUCAGAAGGCGAAGAGGAAGAAGAAGAAGAAGGGGAAACUGCCAAAGAACCUUGAUGCAGAAGUGGAUUCUGAGCGAUGGGUGCCAAGGCGGGAGAGGUCCUACUACAGAGGCAAAAGGAAGGACAAGAAAAAGGACAUUGGCAAGGGAACACAAGGCAGUGCCAGUGUACCAUCAGGGGACAUGGAUGCUAGUAAAGGUGGGUCCGGAAGUGAAGCGAAUUCCCCACGACCAGGGUCUGCUCCAUCCCCUACGGCCAGUGCAGCAGCAGCAGCCCUGCCCCAGGGACCACGGCAACAAAAACCUGCUCAGGCUCAGAAGAAAAAGAAGAAGAAAGGGAGCAAAUGGUGAUCUGCCAUUUUUUUGUGAAUUUAAAAGAACAGUUCAAAUAUUAUUUUUACUGCCAUAACAACAUUUUAUCCUCAAAAUCAUGUUUUUUGAAAUAUUUUGCUUCUCCUUUGUUAGCUCUGCUAUUCUCCUAAGAAUAGGGGCGUAUGUGGUCAACCCCUUGUAGACAUUAGUGUAAAUUCAGUUUAAAGUGUUGAAAUUUUCAAAACUGUAACAUCAGUAUCUAAACUAGAAAGAGGAUAUAAGACAUUCAAGUUCCUAACCAACCCAGCAUUGCAGCAGUGCCAACAUUUCCAGGGUUUGUUUUUGCUAAAAUUUCUUGGUUAAAAAUUUUGCAAAGCAUUAAGUGUUUAAGCUAGGAUGGUGAUAUUUGGUAUGGAAGUUCCAGAGGGGUUAAAACGUUCUUGCAAGGAAGUUAAAAAUCUAAAGUAUUUUAAUUUGAACUUUGUAUCUGUUUUUGAAUAUGAUUUUAUGCCAAAAUAUCAAAUUAUACAUAUAUGGAAUCGUCUUAUGGGAAACAUCCAGCCAAAAGGCGGCUUUACAGAUUAUUCGAGAAUCAUGCAGCCUCAUCAAAAUCCACUGUAUACCACAUUUGUUGUAAUGUGUGUUUGAUUUUGGGGAAUCCCCUACCACUUUGUACGGUUGGUGUUAAAAAUAUUGUUAGAAAUGUGUAUAAUAAAUCUUGUAUGUGCAUUUAUGGGAGUAGAGGAAAGCAAUACAUAUUUCCCACCUUA